UCGCCAUGGAGACGGUUAGUUGUGUCUCUCUGUGUGACUGCGGGAGCCUGAAAACAUUGAACACACGCACGGAUUCUUCAGGAUUUCUUCACCAGGAUGUUUGAAAAGUGGUCUAUGAAUAGAAUGAAAUAUGAAACAAGACUGUCCUGAUUAUCUGACCCGUGUGACAUCAUCAGGUGAUGGCGAGGUCAGAGGGUGAUGUCAUCGACUUCUCGGCGCUGGAGAGAGAGCUGCGGGCGGCGGUGGAGUCAGAGCAGAAACACGAGAGAGAGAACGCCGCCAAACUAAGAGCCGUCAGCCAGAGAGGGACGUCCUACAGCCAGUUCAGAGAUCUGGUGUUGUCGUGCCACCUGAAGCCUCUGGAGAAGAAAGAUAAAGAAGGAGCUCCACGGAAACAGCCCUGGAACCCGGUCGCCCCGGGCAACAAGUGAUGUCCAUGAAUCCCAUAAACAAUAACAGAAGUGAUGUAAAGCUGAGAAUCUCCUGAUAUAUGUUGUGUGUUUUUGUAAACCCGUUUGGAUGCAGUAUAUAUUAUAUACA